AUGAAUGCGAACAUGAACUCAUAUCACAUUGAAGAGGACGAAAUGCUCAUCUCCGAGAGAAUCUACACUCUGGUCGCCAGAGUUGGAGUGGCAGGAGCCAUAGAGAUGGUGCAGGGAAUGGCAGGGAACGCAGUAACAUCUGCAGACGGCUUGGACCUUCGCAUCAUUGAGAAAGUCCUGGUGAGCAUGCUGACACAGUCGAUAUGGUCCAUUCGAAGCGACUCAGUCCCCUCAACGUACUUAACGGGCUCCCGACUACGACGGCUCGAGUCAUGGGUAUUCAUCGCGAGGUGCCAUCCCACCGACCCCGCCGCCUUCGAUGCCUGGAUCGUCUCUAUCUUUCUCCGAGAGAGCGUCGACACCACCUAUCAGCAUCCAGGGUGGAGAUACGCGCGAAAACGAGUUCCACGGCGCAUUCCACCCGGAGAUCCCGCUGCCUUCGAUGCCUGGAUCGUCUCCUUCAUAAAGCGCAACAAGGUUGACAAGACCCGCCAUCGCGACGCUGUUCGCGAUGAACAACAGAACAACAUAUUCAUAGAUACACUGUCCAGUGGCUCAUCGGGGUUGGCGACAGCGAUGACAGGUCCCGCGUACCCUCAACCUACCCUCCCAUGGUGGAUCGUUCCUCCGGGACUUCCUCGUCCGUUCCAUAUUCCGACCCCCCUCAUCGCCACCAUGGUCCCCGGAUGGCUCAAUAACGGAGAGCCUUCCGUUAUGUUCAUGUCCCGUGCGCAUAUGUCGUAG